UGGCGUAGUUAAAUACAUUGUGUAAAAGAUGAAUAAGUCAAGGAAAAAGGGUAUAGACAAGGCAUAAUUAUGAAGAAAACACAAGGAAACCAGAAGAAAUAACAAUAACAAAAGUCUGCGCAGAAAGGGCAGAAAGGCUGGAUCUGAUGUUCUUUCACACCAGGAGAUGGCAUUGGAAAGCUCCCAUGUUUCAGCGCCACAUUACACCGCUAUUCAAAUUCUCUCAAUUAUAUUUUCAUAAAAAAUCCAACUUCAUUCGAGAAAUAAUACCGCUCUAAAUAAGUAUCGGCUCUAUUUUAUACUGUGAACUCAUUUGAAGAUUUUCCUUAUUUUUUUUUUCAAUCUUAGCAAGUCUACGAUGGCGAUGACUAGAUUGCUCUCAUAUAAAUAAGCAAAAGCAGUUUUUUAUCCACGAAAUGUAAAAAAACUCGCCUUUUUGGUCACUUCUGUUUUGAUAAAUUAUGUAUUUUCAUUGCUCUUCGUCGUAAACAAAAACGAACCAAAUCGAUUAAAAAAAUAGAUAUAUCGAUGAGGCCUAAUAGGACAGAAGCUCCUCACUAAAAUCUUUUAUUUUUUACCACGACAUGGUUGGGUGGGCAAUUUUCUCCUGAAAUUCUAAAAAUUCAUUCAGAAUCAGAAAUUCUGACGAGUAGAAUAGUGUCUGUCCUCCCAAUUCUCCGACGUCUCUUCAAUCAAUAAACACCAUAAAUAUAAUAUUAUAAUAAAUAAAUAAAGAAAAAAUCAUUCAGCGAGACGGUGAACAAGUACUUUUGAGUGCGAUGAGUCCGAUGGAUUGGCAUAGAUAAAGAAAAAUUGGCACGAGAGAAAAACGCAAAUUCUUUACGAUGUGAAUAAAUGCAAAUAAACCAAUAUUUUAUUACUUCAUUAAAAAAACAUAUUAAGGGUACAACGGGGUACACAUAAUAUAAUAGCAGUUAGUAAUGAGAAAAGGAAUGUACACGUACACACAGUGAGUUUUAUUGUGUGGAAAAGUGCCGCCAUGAUGGCGGACGAUAACGAGUGAAACGGCGGGCUGUUGGCUCGACUCCUCAUCGGGGCCGGGACGCAGUGACGAAUAUUUUAUUAUUCACAAAAGGACACAGUGGAAAAGAGAGAAUUGAUAAUAUUUUCGGGGUAAGGAGAAAUAAUGUCAGCGGAACCGGAAGCGCCUGUGGGCGAGGAUAUUCCGGAGGUGAAGGCGGUUCGGGAUGUGGAUGCGGAUGCGGGUUUAAUUCACCAGGAUCAGGUGGAGGUAUGUAACAAGGAUACAGAAUUGAUGAUGCUCGAGGGUGAGACCAUUGAAGAUGAAAAAAUGCCGUCGUACAUGGAGGCAACAAGCAUUUCAAGUUCUACAAAACCCGAUGAUUCGAGAAUUGAGAGCGAUGGACAAACACAACCUCAAUCGGAGGCUGAUGGCACCCCUGAGGAGCCGGAACCCCGCGAUCACAAUUCCGAGGGGGACAGAAGCAACAGCAGUGUUGUCGAACUCGUCUCAUCGGGGGAAGAGAGCGAUCGGGGAUUCGAUCCAAUCGAGGAUGAAGAUGAUUACACAUCUGAUGAGGAAGAAAGGGAUUACGACGAUGAUGAUGAAGAAGAACAAGAGGAAGAGGAGGACGAAGAUGAAGAGUACAUGCGGCGCCAUGGUGACGACGAGGACUACAGUCGUGGCGAAAUGGAGGCUGAGCAGUUUGAAAGAUCUUCUGGUGACUUUGACUUGCGUCAUACAGAAACACUCGAUGGUACGGCUAAAGAGCGAAGCCGAUCACUACAAGAUUUAACAAGCCCCAAUCGCCCAAGUGGCAAGUUCAAUAGCAAGAGGCAGUUUCAUGUAGUGCAUGUACCAAUAGCCGAAUUGGAUGGAAGAGCAGAUUUUAAUCUUGGUGGACAGCGAAGGAGUUCUCUGGGGGGACCCAAGUAUGCGCAUGUACCUAGCAAAGUCAAGCAGUACAUUGAAGGGAUGAAGGAGCAGAGUCGCUUAUCGAGGCAAAAGAGAUCCAGAGAUCCUCUCGAUGUCAAUCGAGAGCUAGCUAAUGCAAUUAAGAGAGACAUAGACAUGGAGACAGAUAUUCGAGUGAAUCCCCAGAGUCGUCUGUUGAAGAGUUACAUGGAGAGUAAUAUGAAGCACAUGACUGUUGAGGAUCCGACUCGUGCCGAGGAUAUGACAGCAAACCGUCAUCUGGUAGGAAAUGGCGCCGAUGUAAUAUCUGUUGAUACAGGUGAAAACUUGAAAAAGUCUCACGACAACACAAUUCCAAUGGAGGUUGACAAAGAGAAUGAAAUUCACGAGGACAAACUUCAUCGUCAGUCCGACAAGAAAUCCAAUGGUGUGCUGAUUGACUACACAACAACGGUUGACUCAAAGCCUCUACUCAACACCAAAGGUUACCAAGAACAAAACCACGAGACUCUGACAAACGGUAAAGAUGACGUUCAGCAGAUAAUGAAUUGCCAAUCAGUGUCAUAUGAGGACUUCCUCGAGGGUAACUUCGAGCGAAACCAAGGCCAAAAGACUGAUACCCAAAAGAAGAAAUUAUUAGACCCUCUUGAACUGCCUGCUCUUGAAAACUCGUCAACAGCUCCUGAUCCUCUGAAAAUCCAACAAGUGGAAACAAUUUCAGAAACGGUUGUGAUAACUGAGAAGCACUCGGCCGAGGACUCAGCGAUCUCUCUGUUGAAAGCCCAAUUGAAUAAAAAAAUGGUAGAAUGUGAUGAGAUCAAGGAAGCCUACAAGAAAGUAGUAAACAAGAACUUUCAGCUGAAGAACGAUUACAAUCUGCUUGUAGAUAGGAAUGUUCAACUGGAGAAAGAACUGAGUGAGCUUAGAAAAACAUUAGCUCAAUAUCAUAAAGGUGAUAAAGAGGAUAAACAAUCAAAAGAGAUGAGAGUAGCUGAGGUUCAGACAGAAGCACUGCCAGCAGUAUUUGAUAAGAGUGCAGUAAGCCACUUGAAGGUUCCACAGCAGAAAAUUUCAAACAGCAGCAUCGCUUCGGGUCCAAGUUCGAUGGAGCAAUGGACAGACAGCAACUGCAGUCCUUCGGUUUCACUCAAACCACCGAACGUCGGUAGCAUUCUCAAUUCAGACGAGAGUUUUUGUCUAGGAACUCCACGAAAGGCAAAUCGUCCUCUAUCUCAGGCAUUCUAUACGAGCUCGAGGAUCUUGCAAACACUUGCUAACAUAACCCAGGGUAAACCAGAUCCCGCAAAUCCAAAUACUGGUGUCAGAAAGAGUAACCAUCCAGGUCAGUUAAAAGAACCAAUCAGUCCCCUGGUAACGAAUGAAUAUCGCUCGAGAAAGCGUAAAGCUAGUGAUAGUAAUGGAACGUCUGCUGUUGGUCCGCAGCCGUUCAAAAUGCCCCUCCUGAGUACUAAAUUACGGAGAGAAUACAAUUCAGAUUAUGAAACAGAUGCUGGAGAUAAAACAACGAUGGACCAGACAAGCUCGUCUCGAAAUAGUCUGAAGAAUAAUGGAAAUAAACCGGAUGAUGAUGUUAACGUCGAAGAGAUUGAUAUGAAAGAUGGAAUAAAAUGUUAUGUUUACAAAGAGGAUGAGGACAGCAAGGAAAGAAGUUUCUUGCUGCAGGCCGAAGAAAUAACGAAACUUGAUAAUAAUGGUGGAACAACAGUCAGAGAGUGUGGACCAUUUUUGUUGGCUAACCUUGAAGUUAGAAUGUCGGAGGCUAAUGGAACUCUCAAUAUUUGGGGCAGAGAGAUAAGUCAUGAAUCAACUUCCGAUGAUGUUGACGAAAACUUGGAGGAAGAUCCCCCAGAGAGUAGUGCAUUUUGGGCAAAAACCCCAGUGGAUAAAAUGAGAAAAAGUCAUUUUGUUUGUUCCACGAAUAAAAAGCAAAAACCGUUGACGCCAACGUCAGGACUUCGAUCAAGAGUACCUAGAAAAUUGCGCUCAGUGAUGGGACGUGUUGUAGGAACAUUUGAUGAUCCGGUGGACAGGGCAUUUGGUAGUAUGCCUAAUUUAGAAAAUCGUGGGCCUCAAAAUUGCAUGAGUUGCACUCAAAAACAAGUUGGUGCUGCGGCCGUUCAAACAAGGCCCAGAAAUCCUAUCUGCUGCAUUCACAAUGACGGUGUAAAUGAUUACGAAUAUGGGACUGUUCAGCACUCUUGUGGAGCAGCGAACAGUAUAGGUUACCGAGGGGUAUCUGUCUCCAAUCCUGCCAAUCUUCAUGUUAAACAUUCCUGUGCUAAUUAUGUACAAAAUGAAGGGUGCAGUCAUCAAAUGCCCUCUCAUACGAUGGUUAGUGAUACUGAGGAGGCUUGCUGUCAUGUACCCAAACGCUGUAACUCUGUAGACAUUCCCUGUCAUCCAGGGGUUGAGAAUAAUUGCGCGCGCCGAAGAAUUCAUAGCGAUGGACAAUCGGUAUUUGUAGGAGACAGUGUACCCCUUAUGCAGUCAGGGUCUUCCGAAUCGUCUGAUAAUACAAGACGUCGCCUCUCAGGUAAAAGAGUCCGCGGAAUUCUUCGUGAUUUUUUGAAGAGCUGUGGUGAUUGUCGCCAUCCCCAUACUACAACUCAAGAUGAAGGUCAUCUCCAACAGGCCGAUGCUCCGAUACCAAGCAUUCGCGUUACAGCCGAUGAUGACCUUGGCUUGCAAAAUCAGCUUCAUUCCUCCAAUAGCGAUAGGGCCCCCAAUUCAAUGGCAGAUUUUCAACUGCAGUUUGAACAAUUGAUGGCUGAUGUGGAGAAAAUAAAUACGAGGUCCAGAACAUUAUUUCAAAUGAUGAAUACCCUUUGUAAUAUGGACGCUCAGUGAUCUUAAGCUUGCGUACUCUACGAAUAUUUUGAGUCAAUUUCAGUAAUUAAUUUUACUUUUUUCUUCUCUUAUUUUUUCAUUCCUUAGAAAUCUGGAAUGAUACUUGUCUACUUGGCUUUAAUUGUAAAUAGCCAGAGAAUUUUUGUUUAGCGCUUUUUAUGUGUAUGAGGGUCAAACGCCGACGUUGAAGUUCAAAGGGCCUCAUAAGCAGUCUUCUGUUUCCGGCAUUAAUCUCCUGAGGAGAACUGAAAAUACUUCAAAUAAGAAUAAUAUCAUCAAUGGUUGACAUGUGGAUAUUGAUAAAUAAAAUAUAACCAUUAAGAUGCAGAGGAAAGCAAACUCAAAACUCCAAACUACAUAUUAUCAUUUAAUUUUUAAUCUGAUAAAACAGACAUAGUUUUUUCGUUAAUUGAAGAUGAAACUACUACUACUGUUGCUUUACUCUUUACAGUUUUUUUUAUAUCUUGAAAUAAGAACACACAGCAUUGUUCUGUUCCACAUGCGGACGAAAUGUGCAAAUCCGAAAUAAAUCCUUUGUGUCGA